UAUAUACCCGCUUGCCGAAAAUUACUUCGUGGCACGAAUCUGAUAAACAUAGAUACGUGAGAUGAGUGAUAAAAUAUUACCAUGUUUUGUAUCUGGUAUGGUGGUGCGAGGUUUUGGUAGAGGCUCAAAAGCAUUAGGCAUUCCUACAGCAAAUUUUCCAGAAUGCGUUGUUAAUUCAUUACCUAAGGAUUUUGACACUGGUAUAUAUUAUGGUUGGGCUGCUUUAGAUGGAAAGAUAUAUAAAAUGGUUACAAGUGUUGGAUGGAAUCCAUUUUAUAAAAAUGAGAAAAAAACAUUUGAAGUUCAUAUAUUAGAAACUUUUCCAAAUGAUUUUUAUGGAAAGGAACUUAAAGUGAUUGUUACUGGUUAUAUACGAAAAGAAAAAGAUUUUGCAUCAAUAGAUGAAUUAAUAAAAGAAAUAAAGAAUGAUAUUAUGAUUGCUGAGAAAGAAUUAGACAAACCUAAUAUGUUGAAUUAUAAAUAUGAUACUUUUUUGACAGGAUGACCAAUUUUAUUUUAUUAUAAGAAUAUUUUAUGUCUUUUAAUCAUUAAUUUUUACAAAUAUACUUAUUGUGAAAGUUA